UGUCAAAGAUUCUUAUGAUUGAUUAAGAACGCAAUGUGAAUGUCACACGUUAUAUGUGACAUGUGACAUCACAGUCACCACAAACAAAGCCGCCCGCCCGCGGGUAGCCAAGCUCCUUCCAAGUUCUCAACUUGUUCCUCCCUGAAAGCAAUCGACCCACUACGUCUCAGGAGAAGAUCCCCUUUACCUUGGACGGCGUGUUCUUCAAUAUCAUCAUAAUCAACUGUUAAUACCUCGCCGUACACGCUGGCCAGAUCACAUCCCUCUCCCCGACUGUUUUUCUCUUAGAACCCCGUCCGACUCUUCCUUCGUCAUGGGCAACUGCGUCUCAGCACAGGGCAGAGAAGAGAAGGCGCACUCAGACGCUAUCGACCGUCAAAUAGAAGAGGACUCUAGAAAGUUUAGGAAGGAGUGCAAGAUACUUCUACUAGGGUCCGGCGAAUCGGGAAAGUCGACAAUUGUCAAACAGAUGAAAAUCAUUCAUCAAAAUGGCUUCACGAAGAACGAACUCAUGACUUUCCGCCCAACGAUAUAUCGCAACACACUCGACUCAGCGCAGGCCAUUGUCCUGCAGAUGCGCAAUAUGAACGUGGAAUGUGUAACGCCUGCUAACCGGCAAUUCGCCGAACGUAUAAUUGAAUACAGGGUUGAAAACAAUCCCACUUUUGUUUUCUCGGAAGAUAUCGCACAAGCCAUCCACGAAUUAUGGCAGGAUCCCAUAAUUCCCAAGGUAAUGGAUUGUUCGAGCGAGUUCUAUCUUAUGGACUCGGCAGGCUAUUUCUUUACGGAAGUGCUCCGGAUAGGCACUCCCGACUAUACGCCGACGGAGAAUGAUGUGCUGCGAGCUCGAGCGAAGACAACCGGCAUCACGGAGACACGAUUUAACAUGGGACAGCUUUCUAUUCACAUGUUCGACGUCGGCGGCCAGCGUUCAGAACGCAAGAAGUGGAUACAUUGUUUCGAAUCUGUCACUAGCAUCAUCUUCUGCACCGCGUUGUCCGAGUACGACCAAGUGCUAUUAGAAGAGAAAAGCCAGAAUCGCAUGGCUGAAUCAUUAAUCCUAUUCGAGUCUGUCAUCAACUCCCGCUGGUUUUUGCGGACUUCCAUCAUCUUAUUCUUGAACAAGAUUGACGUGUUCAAGAACAAACUUCCGAAGGUACCAAUCGAGAAAUACUUCCCAGAAUAUACGGGUGGCGCAGAUAUCAACAAGGCGGCAAAAUAUAUCCUAUGGAAGUUCAUGCAAGCCAACAGAGCGCGUUUGAGCGUAUAUCCCCACCUGACACAAGCUACCGAUACAACAAAUAUCCGUCUCGUUUUCGCUGCAGUCAAAGAGACAAUUCUACAGAACGCCCUCAAAGAUUCGGGUAUACUGUGACUUCUUCCUUCCCCGGUUUCUUGGUCCUAUCUAUCCCUCGCAUAUAUAUCUGGAACGCCUGGUUAUUCCCUAGCAUGUUAUCAUCCUAUCUAGCAUACCAUCAAUUAUUCAUCAUUACCUGGCUGUCCCGAGAAUGAUUUGCAUCAUGCACCUUUUCGCCUAUCUGUUACAUACCGCACAGCGUUUGUUUUUACCUUGUAGCGGUUGCCCUCGCUUGCCUGCGAUUCUGUACACUGGCGUGCUCGAGAGCAUCGCGGUACGAGAAAGCAUCUUCUGUACAUCUAUUCUGUAGUGUGCGAUACUACGAUCAUGCCGGGCAA